CUCUCUUCUUCACUCUCUCCUUCUUUCUUCUCUCUCUUAUCAAGUUCCAUCCUUUAGAUUUCUCUCUGUUUAAUUCCUUAGAUCAAGAAAACCCUAACCUGGUUCUGGGUCUUUUUGAGUAUGGAAGGGCAAGAAGAGGUGCAGGCUGUGUUGAGUGAUCAUCAGCAAAGCCAGAUGAUGAUCAUCAAGGGCAAGAGGACCAAGCGCCAGAGGCCCAUGUCUCCUUUCGGUCUGGCAGUCACUUCCAGCUCGUCGAGCGCUUGCGGCGGCGGACACGGCGGAGAAGAGUAUGGGAACUCGUUCACUUCAGCUAGUUACGAGAGCACUGAGGAGGAAGAGGACAUGGCCAACUGCCUGAUUCUGUUGGCUCAGGGAUGCGAUGUGGUUCCUAAGCAACAGACUAGUCCCGUUCAUGAAGCCACAGGUGUUUCUGGUCAUGUGAGCAAAGCUGGGUUUUAUGUCUACGAGUGCAAGACCUGCAACCGGACCUUCCCUUCUUUCCAAGCACUCGGCGGCCACCGAGCCAGUCACAAGAAGCCAAAGUCUGUUGCGGCGGCGAUGGCUGAUCAGGAGAAGAAACCGGCACCGAUUCAUUUCACCACCUCUGCAUCCAUGGAUCAAGAAGUUGAAGACUCUAAGCAAUUUGUUAAGAAGAGUAGCCCUCCUCCUCCUCCUCCUCCUCCUCCUUCAACUCAGCCUGCAGUUCCUAUUCAGAUAAAGGGGUUUCAGAGCAACAACAAGGCUAAGAUUCAUGAGUGUUCGAUAUGCGGGUCGGAGUUCUCAUCGGGUCAAGCUCUUGGUGGGCAUAUGAGACGGCACAGAGCGAUAGUGGCCAACAACAACACUACUACUCAGGUGGUGGGGAUUGGUGCAGCCAUUGAUAAUAACAGUACGAGGAGCAAGCAGGAGAGAAGUAAUAUUCUAGCACUGGAUCUAAACCUUCCAGCACCAGAAGACCAUGAUCAUCAUCAUCAUCAUCACCACCAUCACCAACAGCAUCAGAUUCAUCACCAGCGUGACUCGAAGUUCCAAUUUGUGCCGACCCAACAGACUAGUCUUGUCUUCAACGCCCCUGCUUUGGUGGAUUGUCAUUAUUAAAGAGUGCAGACAGAAGAGAGUAGGGAAAAAAAAAGAGAAAACAAGAAAAUAUCAUUAUUUUUAGUUAUAUUUUCUGAUACCGAUUCAUGUGAAUUAUAAA